AUGAAGACCACUUUGUUCUUCGCGAUCGCACUCGCUCUCUUCGCCCUCGUGGCCUUGGCCGCGGCCGACGAGAAGACGGCCUCGAACGGCGACGUGGCGGUGAACGUGCAGGGCACGUCGGGCAAGAUCACCUUCUGGAUCCCAGAACGAUCGGACAAGAAGUACACCCUCACCUUCGAUUCGCUAUGCGAGACCGGCGGCGGCGACUGCCUCAACACGUUCGCCAACCAGGAGUUCACCUUCUCCACGCCCGCGACGGUGAGCUUCAACAACAUCAGCUCCAAGCUGGUGAGCUUCGACUCGACCAUCGCCACCGGCUCCCAGUCGGGCGUCAAGCUCACGGCCGACCUCUACGUGUUCCUUGAGUCGGGCAACUACACCGUGGGCGACCAGACCUUCUACGCGGUUGAGAACGCCUUCAAGUGGUCCGUCAACGUGUCCGGCUGGGUGUUUGCCAACGCGGCCAACAAGCUGGAGCUAACCAUGGGCCUCCAGCACCCGAGCUACAAGGCCUCGUGGGACGCCACCAACUACACCCUCUCCUACACCAACGAGGCCGCUGUGCUGCAGUUUGCCAAGACGGCGACGUACGACAACUCGCAGGAGAAGGCGGUCGAGGUGACCACCAAGGUCAUGGGCUCCAACGUGGCCAUUGUGAUGGCCUUCAGCGCGGCCGAGUCGAGCAUCUGGUAUGACCCGCAGGUGACCGUGGCCACCGCUGCCGCCUCGUCGGCCUCGAGCUUCCUGUUCUCGCUCGCCGCCCACCUCGUCUCCCUCCUGUGGUAG